AUGAUACCGGGCACGCAGAAAAUUCUCGCAAAGUAUGGAAUAGCUCAUAUGAAACAAUGUAUCGCUCGAAACAAUGCAGGUUUACGUAUCCCAAACCUGACAGUAAAUACGUUUCAUUCAAUGACAAGGUUGCAACAGAAAAACAGAAUUCCUCUGGACCUUUCCUAUGACAUUAUUAAGACUGAUAUGGUAAAAGAUGGGGACAAGGAGAUGUCAAAGCCACCCAUCAUCAUACUGCAUGGUUUAUUUGGUAACAAGCUCAACAACAGAAGCAUUGGCCGAAACCUUAACAAGAAAUUGGGAAGAAACGUGUACCUGUUGGACCUAAGAAAUCAUGGGUCCUCACCGCACAGCUCCGAACAUAAUUAUGCCGCGAUGUCGGAAGACGUGAAGCAUUUUAUCACAAAACACGAAUUGAACAUUAAUGGAGGACCUAUUAUAGUAGGUCAUUCAAUGGGUGGUAAAGUUGCUAUGAUGCUGGUUCUCAAGAACCCGCAAUUGUGUUCCAUGAUGGUUUGUAUAGAGAACGCCCCCGUAAGUUUACGCCCUAACGCUGACUUUGUGAAAUACAUCAGAGCGUUGCUGGAAAUCGUUAACGACAAGGGCAAAUACAUCCAAACGCUAAAGCAAGCUGACGAUUACCUUGCGAAGAGAAUCGGUGCUAACGAACUUAUACGUCGAUUUUUGUUAACAACGUUAAAAAGGAUCAGGAUGAGUGAUCCGUCAUCUACAUCGUCAUAUACGUUCCAAGAACGAAUUCCCCUCACGACUCUGAAAGACGCUAUAGUCAAAGGUGAAAUUGCCGCAUGGCCUCUAGAUCCUGCUCUUGAACGAUGGACGCGGCCAGCGCUGUUCAUCAGGGCCACCCAAUCGCAUUAUGUGGUUGAUGAAUAUCUUCCGAUCAUCGGCGCGUUCUUCCCGCGUUUUGAGACACGUGACAUCGAAGCGGGUCACUGGGUGAACGCGGAGAAGCCUGGAGAAUGUGCCGAAUGCAUCGCCGAAUUCGUGGAGCGCCACGAGGACUGA